AUGAAUAUUUUUUUGAUAUUCAAAACCGUACUACUUCUUAUGUUCUGCAAGCUGUAUUCCUUCAACGGCACCACACUUGGCCCAGCGAACUCGAAUGUUUCUGUAAAAGCAUCUACAAAACCAACGGACUACCUCGAUCACAUCACCAUCAUUGCUCACAUCGCCAACGGAAUUACCCUGCAAGCUGGAUUAAUGAAUGGAACAAUUCAAAUUGAUGAAGUUGUCGGUGAGAUGCUUAAUUUAGGAUCUGCCAAUGUUUCCGAUCUAAUCAAUUAUAAACCUGAUAAGAUCUUGGAGUUGAUCAAGAAGUUGAAAGAGGUCCGACAGAAAGUUGCUGCAAAUGAUAAGACCACUAAAAUGGAAACUCGAGCUUUGGAGUGGGAGGAAUAUCGUCUCAGGUCGGAACCCAUUUCUGAUGUGACUAAUUUGACUGGAAGUGUGGAAUAUUUCAAUGCAGUGGAAAAUUGUCAAACCGAUAUCAAUUCUUCAUUGUUCGAAAAUACAGCAGAGUAGUUUGAUGGAUUUAAUGAACACAUUACAAGUAUCUUGAAAUCAAGCUUAAAGGAUACAUCUUUUCCAAUCACUGGGUCGGCAAAAUUGAAAGUAUUCAAUGAGACAUUCCAAUCAUUGAAAGUCCUUCUCACAGAAAUCAAGACACUCAAUCGAACAUCAUUUGAUAUCCUUCACAAUGGACCCAAUAUAUUCAAGUCAUUGGAUACAGUGAUCAAACUCUCGGCUCUUCGUCAGAAUUACAUUGCAUUGUACUCGAAAAAAGUAGAAGAUGCAAUUAAAACUAAUAUUGAACUGGUAUCCGCAUUGAGUGCAGUUAACGAAGCAUCUAGAAGUGAUAUGAUGACUGUCUCGAAGCUUUCCGAUCGUCUGGUUUCAAUUCCUUCAAGAAAGUACACUUCUGGAUUCUCACUUGAAUUAAUUGGAUUGGAACAACUCACAGAUGAUGUAAAAAAUCAGUGGUUCUUUGAGAUGACAAAUGCAACUGAAGUGGAUGGACAAAGUAUUCGGAAAAGCUUGAAACCAAUAUUCUCUGCUUUUGAAACUUUGCAAGCUGUCAACAAGAAGUUGAAGGUUCCCUUUCCAGAGCAUACAAAGUUCCAGCAAUUCAAGGAUGAGCCGUACUUCAUUCCAGUUAAUGCUAAUUCUUCCGUUGACGUUAUGGAAAAAUAUGAGGGUUGUGACCACGAAGGCAGAAAAUACUCAGAUGACUAUCGAUCAAAAGGAAUUGAAUUCAUAAAUAACGUCAAAAUUGUUAGCGAUCAUUUCACUGCAUUUUACAAUUUCACCCAAACGCUUGACUUGGAUCAGUUGGAGACGGACGUUGCUGCAUUUGUGGAAUCCUUGAAUUUUACUGAUAUCAAUAAUCGGACACAAUCAGAGAUGGAAGUGAUCGAAAUUGUGAAGAACAUAAGAAGUAACAAUAUAAGUUUGACAAAGAUUCAGGAAAGUGUGAAAGGUAUUGAGAAUCAGUUUAAAGCAGUUCGAUUGGAUAGUCUGAAAAAUGAUGUGUUUUCAAAAAUAUCAGAUGUAUUCAGGAAAGACGAAAACUUGAAAAAAGUUAUCACUGCCGAAAUUAAUGUUAACAAAUGCCUUCAGAAUCUUAAAAACGAAUCUCUGGUGAUCUCUGAAGCAUUGAAGACAAUUCAGAAGUUGAGACUGUUAGAUGACAAACUAUUGGAAAGUGUUCAGCAGUCUGCAACAUCAGUAGCUCAGUUCUCUGAUGCUCUUCCAACAGUGAAAUCAAUUCCUGAUGCAAUGAAGAAAGGUGUAAAGAAUGUGACACUUGAACUGAAUCAGAUGUCUCUGGAGUCAUUGAAUCAAUCCGAUGGAAUCGGUCAUUCAGCAAGUGCUCUUCGAAGUGUUUUUAGUCUUUUGGAUCUAGAAUCUUCAAUUAACAAGCUCAAAGGUGUCGACGGAAUUGUAAGAGUUGAAAUUGACAAAGCUGCUGACAAGUCUGAACUGCAAAGUCUUUGGGGAAACCACAAUCAUGACAUUAGUUCAUUGGAAGGUGCAAUUGCAAAGUCUAAGGAUUUCCUGUCAAAGAUUGAUGUAUCAAAUGUUCACACACUUUCCAGCUACAGUACACCUUUGAAGAACUUGGCUUCAAUUCCUGAUGUCCAGAUUGAUGCAGUAAAGAAGUCGAAAGCACUGGAGAUAUUGAUCGGUUCACUUGUUGCAUCCUCUGUGAAACGAAGAAAGAAAAGAUACACUAAAUCUGAUCUACUUGCCGUCAAAGAAACUCUCGAAAAGAUUGCCGUGUUGGAUUUGCAGUUCUCAAGUCAUUCAACACAAUUUCAGAAUGUUCCAUCAGCAUUCCAGUCGUUUGAUAACUUUUUGCAAUUGUUCUUUGCUUCUCAACAGACAAUCAGUGUUCCUCCUCCAAAUCCUCAGAGUAAUAGUGGUGGUGUCAAUACAGGAGGUACUGGCAAUGGUAAUGGUAGUGGUGGUCCGAGUGGUGAUACUGGUACUGGACCGACUGGAAGUGGAACAGGUACUGGAGCAGCUGCUGCUGUUGGAUCGAGCACUGUGAGCACUGUUAGCGAUGAGUCAAGUGAUUUUCCGAUACUUUUCGUUGUCAUUCCUGUGGUCUUGAUACUUGUUGCUCUCGUGAUUGGUGGAAUAGUCUUUAUUUGGUAUCGUAAAAGAGAGGAGAAGCGUAAAGAGAAAGAAGCUGAAGAAGAGAACGAGAAGCUGAUUGCUGAAAGAGAGAGGAUGAGAGCGAUAAAAGAAGAGGAAGAAAGAGUCAAGGCAGAAAGGGAAAAAGUGAAAAAAGAAGAGGAACGGCUCAAGGCAGAAGAAGAGAAGGUGAAGGUGGAAAAGGAAAGGAAUAAGGAAAAAGUGAAAGCUGAAGAGGAAAGGCUGAAGGCUGAGGAAGAGAAAGUGAAAAUAGAAAAAGAGAAGGUGAAGGCUGAAGAGCAAAAGAUCAAAUCCGCAGAAGAAGAGCGACGGAAGGAAAGAGCUGAAGACGCCAAGAAAGUCAAGGAGGGUCAGGAAAAGAUUGCCAUGCUGAAUGCAGAAAAUCAGGAAAGGAAAGACAGAUCGGAAGCCCGACGUAAGCAGAAAGAAAUGGACAAUGAGGCAGAGAAACUGUUGAAGGUAAAGAAGGUCGAAUUAUGGACCAUGAGUCUGCCUAACAAGGAUGAUCAUAAACCGGCCAAAUUCUACAAUACGACGAUCGAAAAUGUAAAUGUGACAACGAUUGAUAAGGAUCAUAUUACUGAGUCGUAUGCAUACUUGCCGGAGGAUAAGCACAGAUAUCCCACUGUACCAUGUAAGCCAUCAACCGCUGUAGAGGUGAUUGUCGAUGGGAAACGGGCCCCAAUUCAUGCCAACUGGGUUCCGACACCUGGUCAUCCACAUCGCUUCAUUGCUACUCAGAGUCCCAUCAAUGCGACAUGUGAAGAUUUUUGGGCAAUGUGCAUGCAAUACGAAGUUGAGCAUAUUGUGAUGGUUGGUCGAAAAGUUGAAUAUUGGAAAAACAUUCACAACGACUAUCUUCCUAUGUGGCCGAGAAAUGAUUUGCAAGUCGGACGGUUCAUGAUCAAGAUGACAAAUAUGGAUUUUAUUGUGCAAAAGAACAUUAUGCGAAGAUCCUUCAAAGUUGCCGAUUCAACCGGAAAAUUUGCGGCGAGAACUCUGACGCACUAUCAAUAUUCGCAAUGGGCUGAACGUGGUGUUCCCAAGAGUCAUGUUGAAACAUAUGAGCUGAUGGAAAUGGUCAAGAAAAGCGAGAAGCCAAUCGUGGUGCAUUGUUCAAAUGGAAUUGGAAGAUCCAUGGCCUUCAUCGGAACCGAGUACCUUGCCCGUCAAGUUGAAGCCGAUCCGACAAUCGAACUUACUGAAGCUCUGAAACACUUGCACGAGCAUCGUUGGAAUGGAGUUCAGACCAAUUCUCAGCUGUACUGGAUGACACUGGGAACCAUGUACCGUCUUAUCAAGGAAUAUGGAUUUGACAUGAAGAUUUACGAUCAGCAAAUGGCAAUGUUCAAUGAUGUAGUCAAACGGUUGGAGGCACUUGACAGAAUCAGCAAGUAUUCGGAUGCAUUGUGUGAUGAGAAGAAGUCUAACGAGAAUAAGGAAGAAUUGGCCAACGUUAACAAGAGAUUGGCUGGAAUUGAAAAGAAGAAAUAGAA